AGUGAGAGUGCCAUCCUGAAGGAGAGGGAACUGUCCCUGGAGCUUGCCAGGAUCAGGGAUGAAGUGGCCUCAAGUGUGUCGCGGUGGGAGAUUCUGCACCAGGACAAGGAGGAGUUGGAGCGGAGGUUUGAGCGGGAGCUGGAGGGACUGCGUGCCCAGCAGCAGAGUGAGCUGGGCCGGCUGGAGGAGAGACUGAGGCAGUAUCACAGCCUGGAGAUACAGCGCCUGGAGGCCCAACAACAGGAGCAGCUGGAGAGACUGAGGACACAGCAGCUGGAGCAGAUGGAGGAGGUGACGGAGAACCAUGAGGAAGCUCUGACUGAAAUGGAGAACAACCACAACGACACACUGGUCACUCUGAAGGAGGAGCAUGCCAGGACUGUCAAAAACCUGAAGAUGGCCCAUGAGCAGCAGAGGAAGUCAUUGGAAGAGGACUUUGAGAAGCUCAGACUGUCGCUGCAGGACCAGGUGGACACGCUGACGUUUCAGAACCGCAGCCUGAGAGACCGAGCCAAGCGCUUUGAGGAGGCUCUACGCAGGAGCACCGACGAACAGAUAGUGGAUGCUCUGGCUCCGUACCAGCACAUUGAGGAGGAUCUGAAGAGCUUGAAGGAAGUUCUUUUAAUGAAGAACCAACAGAUCCACGAACAGGAUGUCAAGAUCUCGGAGCUGGAGAGAAUGGCCCAAAAGAACGUCUUCCUGGAGGAAAGGGUACAGAUGUUACAGCAGCAGAACGAAGACCUGAGGGCCAGGAUAGACAAGAACCUAGCCAUGUCCAGACAUCUCUCGGAGGAGAACGCCAACCUCCAGGAGUCAAUGGAGAAGGAGAGCAACGAGAAGAAACGCCUGAGUCGGAACAACGAGGAGCUGCUGUGGCGUCUGCAGAGCCCUCACAUGUCCCCCGCCGGCUCCCCCAUCCACCGAGCCUCUCCCGUCCUCCACUCCUCCAACACCUCCUCCCCUGGUCACCACCGUUCCACCGCUGGCCCGGGGUCACCCGCACGACCACACUCGUACCACCAAUGA